AUGAACACCAACGGCGCUAGCACUCUCACAACUCCCCGCGCCAUCCAGAAGUCCUUCCUGGCCUACGAGCAAAAUGAGGGAGUCGGAGCCAGGGUCCGACGCUCGAUAGGGACACCAAAGCUCCGCAACUUCACUCCCUUCCUCAUGCUCGACCACUUCAACAGCCCAGACGGCUCCGGCAAAUUUCCAGAUCAUCCUCACCGAGGUCAGGAAACCAUAACGUACGUCCUCGACGGCGCAAUCGACCACGAGGACUUCACAGGCUCCAAAGGCCGCAUCGAGGCCGGUGACCUACAGUUUAUGACGGCAGGUCGAGGCAUCAUGCACGCCGAAAUGCCGGUCGAUGGCAUGCAUUGCCAGGGCAUGCAGCUCUGGGUUGAUCUGCCCAAGGAGCUAAAGUCGACCGAGCCACGAUACCGCGACCUCCGGGGCUCAGAAAUCCCUAUCGCCACAUCACCAGACGGCAAAACCACAGUGAAAGUCAUUUCCGGCAACUCAUUAGGCGUGGAGUCACUCAAAGACCUCGCGUACACCCCAGUCUGGCUCCUCGACGUGACGAUCCAGCCCGGCGGCAGCCUCUCCCAAGCGCUCCCACAAAACUGGAACGCCUUCGCAUACACCCUCGGUGGCGUGACGACCUUCUCCAACGGCGAAGCCUCUGAGACAGUUGUUCCUUAUCACAACGUCGUCUUCGCACAGGCCGGCGAUGGCGUCAACGCCUCUGUUGAAGAGGGCGCCGAGGAAGCCAGCAGAUUCAUCCUCGUGGCGGGCCAGCCGUUAGAUCAACAGGUCGUGCAGUAUGGACCCUUCGUUACGAACUCGCGCGAGGAAGUGAUGCAGGCGCUGCAUGACUUUCAAGGAAGCAAGAACGGGUUCGAGAGGGGGUUGAAUUGGCAGAGCGAGAUCGCUAAGGGUCACUUCUAG